UCGCGGAAGAACGUCACACCGACGCGGGAAAGCGGCGAGUCCGAGAGGAGAGGACUUCAGCACUAACCACGAGAAGUAACUGCGCUGUGAACGUAUAAAGAGCAAACAUGUCAAAAAUAGAGAAAAUGAGCAUCCUCGGAGUGAGGAGCUUCGGCGUAGAGGACAAGGACAAACAAGUGAUCUCAUUUUUCAGUCCUCUGACAGUGCUGGUCGGUCCGAACGGAGCUGGCAAAACGACUAUCAUCGAGUGCCUGAAGUAUGUCACUUCUGGAGAUUUCCCCCCUGGAAGCAAAGGGAAUACAUUUGUUCAUGAUCCAAAGGAUGCCCAUGAGACAGAUGUGCGUGCCCAGAUUCGUCUGCAGUUCAGAGAUGUAAACGGCCAGGCUGUAGCUGUUCAGCGAUCCAUGCAGAGCACACAGAAGGGCAAAAAGGCACCCGAGUUUAAAACCCUUGAAGGAGUCAUCACCAGAAUGAAGCAUGGCGAGAAGGUCAGUCUGAGUUCUAAAUGUGCAGAGAUCGACCGUGAGAUGAUCUCAGCUCUGGGUGUUUCCAAAGCUGUCCUCAACCAUGUCAUCUUCUGCCACCAAGAGGAGUCCAACUGGCCUCUCAGUGAAGGAAAAGCACUCAAACAGAAAUUUGAUGAGAUUUUCUCUGCCACAAGGUACAUCAAGGUGCUAGAAACCCUGCGGCAGUUGAGGCUGAAGCAGUCCAACACUGUCAAGUCCUGUCAGAUGGAACUGAAGUAUCUGAAGCAGAACAAGGAGAAAGCUCAGGAGAUAAAGGAUCUACUGUCUACUAAAGAAGGCCAGCUAGCAGCUUCUAAAGAGAGCGUGCAGCGCAUCGAAAGCCAGAUCGACCCACUGGAGAAUCGACUGAAUGACAUUGAUGAUAACCUUGGCAAAGUUAUGAAACUGGAUAAUGACAUCAAGGCUCUGGACAGCAGGAAGAAACAGAUGGAAGAUGAUAAUCGUGAGUUAGAAGAGAAGAUGGAACAGGUGUUCCAGGGUUCAGAUGAGCAGCUGCAGGAGAUGUACCAGAACCACCAGCGUACAGUGAAGGAGAAAGAGAGGAGGCUUACAGAAUGUCAGCGUGAACUGGAGAGAGCAGGUCGCGAGUGCCAGAGGAUGAACCGCAUCAAGGCAGACCUGCUUGUUGAACAAGGUCGUCUCCAGAUGGAAGCAGACAGGCACGCAUUACACAUAAAGAACAGGGAUGCUCAGGUCAAGUCUCUGGCUGCGUAUCUGGAAAUGGAGGGCUAUGAGAGGACCCCCUUCAGUGAGAGACAACUCCAGAGCUUCCAUAGACAGACCAAGGAGAGACAGGACCAGGAAACCGAGGCCCUCAAUAAGAUUAUGACUGACAUGCAAGAAAAAGAGACCCAGAAACAACAGAGCAUCGAUGAAAUCCGUGAUAAGAAGACUGGCCUGGAGAGAACCAUCGAGCUGAAGAGAGAUAUACAGGCCAAGAAGCAGCAGGAGCUCAAGAACAUUAAAUCUGACCUGCAGAGACUGGAGGGCUCUUCCACCAGACUCCAGGAGCUGGAAACUGAACUUUCAAAAGCGGAGCGAGAGCUGGAUAACGCUGUGCAGAGCUCUACAGUGGACAGUCUGAAGGCAGAGGUGCAGGAGCUACAGAGAGAGAAAGCAGAGCUGGACCAGGCCCAACGCAGACUGGACCAGGAGAUGGAGGCUCUGAACAUGCACACCACAGCACGCACACAGAUGGACAUGCUGAAGAAGGAUAAAACGGAUAAAGAAGAUCAAGUGAGGAAGAUUAAGUCCAGGCACAACGAUGACCUGGUGUCUGUGAUGGGUCAUUUCCCUAACAAGAGGGAGCUGGAGGACUGGAUCUACAGCAAAUCCAGAGAGAUCAAUUCUCUCCGAGAGAAACUAGGAAAGCUCAACAAAGAGCUGGCAUCCAGAGAGCAGAACAAGAGUCACUUCACUGCUGAGAUCCGACGCAAAGAGCAGCAGCUGGCCAGCUAUGAGGAGAAGCUCUUCAAUGUGUGUGGCAGUCAGGACUUUGAAUCAGACCUGAGCAAGCUGCAGGAUGACCUGGACAAGUGCUCUAAGCAGAGAGCUAUGCUGGCGGGUGCUACAGCUGUGUACACCCAGUUCAUCAGUCAGCUGACUGAGGAGGGUGAGCCCUGCUGCCCGGUGUGCCAGCGCAUCUUUCCCUCUGAGGCGGAGCUCCAGGACGUCAUUAACGACAUGCAGUCCAAACUGCGCCUGGUUCCGGACAAACUGAAGAACACAGAGCAGGACCUGAAGAGGAAAGAGCGCAAACGGGAUGACAUGAUGGCUCUCAAACCUGUCAGGCAGUCUCUAGCGGAGCUGCAGGAGAAGGAGCUGCCUGAGCUGAGGAAUAAGCUGCAGACUGUGAAUCGUGAGAUAGAGAAAUUGAAGGGGGACAUCGAGGAACAGGAGAGUGUACUGUCCAUGCUGAUGUCUGAGGAGGACACGGCCAAGGCCUGCCUGCAGGACAUUUCUCUCAUGGACCGCUACCAGCUAGACCUAAAAGACGUGGAGAGAAAGAUAGCCCAGCACGCUGCCAAGCUUCAGGGAGUGGAUCUAAACCGGACAAUGCAGAACGUCAGCCAAGAGAAGCAGGAGUCCCAGCAUCGUUUAGACACCACCUGCAGUAAGAUGGAGCUUAAGCGCAAACUUAUCCAGGACCAGCAGGAGCAGAUCCAGACUCUGAAGAGCAGUGUGAACGAAAUCCGUUCAGAGAAGCUCCAAAUCUCCAGUAACAUGCAGAAGCAGCAGCAGCUGGAAGAGCAGUGUGUGGAGUUAAGCACUGAGAUUCAGGCUCUGCACAGAGAAAUACGGGAAGCGAAAGAGCAGGUGUCUCCACUGGCGACCACUUUUGAAAAGCUUCAGCAGGAGAAGCAGGAGCUGAUUGAGAGGAGACGACAGAAGCAAGUGGAAGGUCAGGAAAAGAUCACUGCCAUCAAGGACAGGAUUAAGAGUUUGUCGAGUCUUGAAAGAGAAAUUACCAGGUAUAUUGAAGAGGGAAAAAAUGACUACAAAGAGCAAAAAGAAGCUGAACUGCAAGAGACAAAUACCCAGCUGAUUGAAGCAGAGAAACAGCGAGAGAAGAUCAACAAAGACAUUGGCGAUAUCAGACAAGAUAUAGACACUCAAAAGGUCCAAGAGCGUUGGCUACAGGAUAACCUGACCCUGAGAAAGCGUGUGGAGGAGCUGAAGGAAGUGUCCAAGAAAAGGGAGGUCCUACUCAAGGAGAUGGGCAACAUGAAGGUCAUAGAGUUACGCAGUGAGCGCCGGGAGUUGGAGCGGAAGGUGGAGGAUUUGAAGAAGAACCGCAGUGUGGCUUUAGGCCGUCAGAAGGGCUUUGAAGAAGAGAUUCUCCGUUUCCGAAAGGAGCUGCGUGAGGACCAGUACUGUCAGGCUGAGGACAGAUUCCGGGACAGAAUGAUCGUCAUGAGAACCACUGAGCUGGCCAACAAAGACUUGGACAUCUACUACAAGGCACUGGACCAAACAAUCAUGAAGUUUCACAGUAUGAAGAUGGAAGAGAUUAACAAAAUCAUCCGGGACCUGUGGAGGAGCACAUACCGUGGACAAGAUAUUGAGUAUGUGGAGAUCAGGUCUGACGUGGACGAGAAUGCCUCCGCUGGCGUAAAGAGAAGAACCUACAAUUACAGAGUCGUGAUGGUCAAAGGAGACACAGCUUUAGACAUGAGAGGACGCUGCAGUGCCGGGCAAAAGGUGUUAGCCUCCCUCAUCAUCCGAUUGGCUUUGGCUGAGACAUUCUGUCUGAAUUGCGGCAUUUUAGCACUGGACGAGCCCACCACCAAUCUGGACAGAGAAAACAUUGAGUCCCUAGCCCACGCCUUGGUGGAAAUCAUAAAGAGUCGCUCUCGGCAGCGCAACUUCCAGCUGCUCAUCAUCACCCACGAUGAGGACUUUGUGGAGCUCCUGGGCCGCUCCAACUAUGUGGAGCACUUCUACAGGAUCAGGAAGAACCAGGACCAGUGUUCUGAGAUUACCAAGUGCAACAUUUCAAGUUUAAACACUUACCUGCACUGAUUUCAGUUCAUUUGAGAAAAAUAAGCUUGUUAAAGGGUUGAAAAGUGUGUUUAUACAUUUGAGUAUGAAUACAUCAGAGACUGAUAAAAUACCAAAGUGCAAAAUUAAAUGAAUGUUUAUUAUAAUCACUAAUCAAGCAAAUAGUACUCACUCUGCACUUCUGAUAAAACCAUUUUAGGGUAAACGAGAAGAUAAAUGUGUUUGGGUUUAUUGGUUAGCUCCAUGUUUACCAAGUCAGAAUCAAAUCACAUAUUUAUAUCAGAUUUUCGGUUCUGAUUAGAGCAACAUUUUUCAGGGGCUUCCUUGUUUUGCUGUUUUUCUUGUGGGGUCUCUCUUAUCUUUCAUCGUUGGUUAAACUCCUAUCGACUCAUCUACUAUAAACUCACUUCAGCACUCGAAGUGCAUUGAUUAGCAAAGCUUAAUACUGUGGAGGUUUGUUGAACUUUAAAAUCUUACAUUUCUUGUAAAUUAGAUGCAGACAUUUGCAUCUGAUUAAAAAAAAAAUAAAAUGGGUUCCUAAAACCUGUGCUCAAACCUGGUACUGAAGGCACCUUACUCUGCACAUUUCAGAGGAUUCCCUGCUUUAAUAUGCCCACAACAACUCUUAAAGGACGUAAUAAGCUUAGAUUAGUGGAAUCGGGUGUGCUGGGAGAAUGAAAAGUAAUAUACAUUGUUGGUGUAUAUUAAUUCACUUCUUCUGUAAAAUUGUUUUGGAGAUCUACGUUUUUCUCUGGACAGUGGCAGCAUGCAGGACAUGGUACUACCUCCAGGACCAGGGUUGAGAAACAGUGUUUCACAGAACAGAACCAGCCACUAAAAGGUUUAUUUCCUAGUCAGAAGCGGUUUUUGGCACCUUAUAUAGCAGUAUUUCUCAGUCCUGGGCCUGAUGCCACCCAACCCUGCACAUUUUAGUGAAUUUCCAACUUUAACCAACCCUCUGCAACUCUGAAAGUGCAUGUUAAUGAUCAGAUUAGUUGAACCAGGUGUGUUAAAACAAAGGUAAAGCACUAAAAUGCGCAGAAUAGGGUGCCUGCAGGGCCAUGUUUGAGGAUCAAAGGAUUAAACUCGAACAAUUUAAACUGGUCGAUUUACACUUCCUUAGUAACAUUCUAUGCAUAGUUUGAAUAUAUGCAAAUACAACAUUGUUGUGUAAGACUUAAGUGCCAUAGAUAGAUCAAGUGCUUGUAAAGCCAGCAACUGGUUUAAUUAAUUAACUAAAAGAAAACAAAAAAGUGAAGCCACUCUCUUACAGUGUAACAUAGUGUGGUUUGUUUGUCUAAAUGUUGUCCUAUGUCUUGUUUAGCACCAUACACAGCAAUACACUUGUGUAAUAUUGCCUUUACUGAAAGUUGAAACUUGAUGCAGUUUCUCUGUUGUAAAACUGUUAAAAGCUUUAUAAAAACUAUUAUAAUGCUUGA